AUGCAGCUCCUACCCUUCCUUGUAGCAGCUCUAGCCGUGCCAGCUCUUGCUGCACCUCAACUACAGUUGUCGACGAACACGACAUCCAUUCCCACACAUAGUCUCUCCACAAGCACAACAUCCAUUCCCACACAUAGUCUCUCCACAAGCACAACAACGUCUCCCUCCAUACCAGUACAAAACCAGACCACGACAUCCACUUCAACCGCUACUGAUGUUACCACCAUUACGAAUACCGGUACCGCGACUAUGACCACCACUUAUACUACCACCGAGACAGUGACACGGUACUCGCUCACUCCUCACUCAAAUCCUGUCUCUGUGUCUGGGACCAAGACAUAUUACUCGACCUAUAUCACAUCACAGGCCUACACCACGACCACAUGCUAUCCAAUCACCAAACUUAUACCACCAACCAACAUCAUGAUUGUCACGCCACACGUUCCAGUCCCUACACCACCCCCUAACUGCCCUGUGCAACCCGUACAAACAACAACUGUCUAUAUCAACUCCCUCCUACCACAGCAACCCAUCAUCCCCGCCCCACCUCACUGUGACAAGAACUGUCAGACAAUAACUUAUCAAGAUAUAACAAGCUCAAUCGUCACCAUAAUUAUCCCCGCACAACCAACCAUGAAUCCACCUCCAGAGCCGACAGGAUCUGCGAAAAAUGAUAUGCCACCAUACCCUACAACUUCUGGCACGGCCAGCCCAGUCCCUGGACCCACAGGCACAGGCAGCGGUAGCGGUGACGGCAGCGCACCACCCUUCCCACUUACGAGCUUGACAACAAGUACGACAGUGACCACUAGUGGAUCCGGUAAUGGCACGAUUACCUCACCAACUAUCACAAGCCAGCCAAUUAGCAGUACCGCUGCCACGACCAUGAAAACAUCUGUUUUGACCACGAGUACGAGAGCUUAG